AUGGACAGUCAGCAAGAUCUUAAUGAGAGGAUGAGAGGAAUCCUCAUUGACUGGUUGAUUGAUGUGCACGACAAGAAAAAGCUCCAGCUCGUUGGUGUGACCGCUUUGUUGCUAGCUUGUAAAUACGAGGAAGUCUCAGUUCCAGUAGUAGAUGAUCUCAUCUUGAUCUCUGAUAAAGCUUACACUAGAAGAGAAGUAUUGGAUAUGGAGAAGCUAAUAGCCAACACCUUGCAGUUCAAUUUCUCAUUGCCUACUCCGUAUGUGUUCAUGAAAAGGUUUCUCAAAGCUUCCCAAUCUGACAAAAAGGUUGAGGUUUUAUCGUUUUUUAUCAUCGAGCUUUGCCUCGUCGAGUACGAGAUGCUGGAGUAUACUCCAUCUAAGCUAGCAGCCUCGGCAAUCUACACUGCUCAAGCAUGUGCAAGAAAGAUGGUUGGUUUCCAUCACAAGGCAGGAACAGGGAAGCUAACAGGAGUUCACAGGAAGUACAACACAUCAAAGUUCUCUUAUGCUGCAAGAACCAAACCAGCUGGAUUUCUACUUUAA